ACACAGUCUUCCAACUCCACCCACACAGACAGACACAACACCCAACGACAACAAUGGCUCUCUCUUCUGCUACCUUCUCCACCUUUCUCCGCGUCGAUACGGCGCCGUUCCGAAGCUCCUCGUCUCUCUCCUCUCAUCCUGCUAACCUGCGCAUGGUUCGAGCUGUUACCUCCGCGACGGCGUCCUCUGAGCCGUCGUCAACGACCAAGACUCGAGAGCCACGUGGCAUCAUGAAGCCACGGCCAGUGACUCCCGAGAUGCAGGACGUUGUGGGAGAGUCGGUGAUACCUCGCACACAGGCUCUUAAACGUAUUUGGGCUUACAUAAAGGAACACGACCUUCAAGAUCCACAAAACAAGAAAGUUAUAAUCUGCGACGAGAAGCUGAAGAAGAUAUUUGAUGGCAAAGACCGUGUCGGUUUUUUGGAGAUUGCUAAGCUCAUUGGUCCUCACUUCCUCUGAAUGAAAUGAAAUUUGGUUGAAUGAUAGACAAUCAUUGGGGUAUGUUUUGGUGAGCAGUUAAAGCUGAGAUUACAUGUUAGAAAAAUUGUAGGGGUUUAAGAAGUUUUAUUAUGCAACCAAGAAGUUUUACAUGUUAGCCUUUGGAGGAUGAAUAUCUAUUGUCGAUUGUAUACUUUCCAUCCUUUUCAAACUAUCAAGCAAGAACAAGUCUUCCAUGUUUGAUGCUUAUAAGGAACAUGUUUCUCUCUUUCUUGAUGAUCAUUACAGUUCCAUUUCCC